GCCGCAAGGGAAUACCACGAACAUGACCACAGCGGCUCCUUGUCCAACUACGCCCACAGCGGCUCCUUGUCCAACUACGACCACACCAAAUCCAUGCCAGACCACGAAGCCGCCGUGUCCGUGUCCAACUACAACAACACCAUGUCCAUGCCAGACGACGAAAGCGCCGUGUCCAUGUCAGACCACGAAGGCGCCGUGUCCAUGUAGAAGACGAAGGCGUCGUGCCCAUCUGAGACCACGAAAGCGCUAUGUCUACGUCUAUCUCAGACCACAAAGAAAGCACCGUGUCCAUGCCAAGCGAAGAACAACAGGUAACAAACCAAUCGAGUGUUUACUGCUACAAAUUAGGCCAAAUCACUCCAUUUUAGUUUUGCAAAUCAGGUGCAAAACAAAAACGGAUAAAUUCCAGGACUAA